AUGGCCAACCCAAGGCUUAGGACUCCCUCCUCCAGCACACAUGCUACCGAUGCUACCGAUAUACCUCCCGUCCCCGUCGUAGCUGUUUCCCUUCUGCAGCCCCGCGUCGCCGUCGCCCUCGGUAUACCUAAGCGUUGGCAUCAUACUCUCUCCGCUUGUCGUCUACUCUCUAUCAUUCCUCCUAUACUCUGGGGCCUUCGAUACGCCUUGCGUUUUCUGCUUGCCGAUCUGUUACGCUUGUCCGAGCAAGACCAUGGUCAUAAUGUUAGUCUUUCCUCCUUGAGGUUGACCGAAACGGCAUUGGCUGUCAUAUGGUGCUACGCCUCUGCAUAUCUCGCCUUCUUUUUUACCGACUGCCUUAUGUCACGCUGGCUCAUCAACUACACGCCCCAAGCGACAGUUGUGCGCCUCUUCACUAUUAGUUGCGCCUUUGCUUACCUGACCUCGUGGAUCGUAUACCUAGCUGGUGGUUCUCAAGAUCCUGGUCUGCUGCUGCCAGCCUGGAUCGGGAUAGCCACCAUCUUAACCCUCUGCUACCACUUCACUCAGCGCAAGAUUAAGAUACGGAAGGAAACCUUUGCUAGUAUCAGCGUCUUUUCUAUAGCAAGCUUCAUCAGCAUGGUUGCCUUACUAUUACAUUCCCAUACGACCAGAGCUGGAUAUCAGAACGUCCCGAUAGUUGCCAUAACCAAGCGAGCUUGUCAAAUCGGAGCAUACAUCAUUUUCCGCAUUGUAGGUCUCACUGGGGAUUUGGACGGUUUAUGA